GGAAUUAGCAAACAAACAAUUAGGUAAAUAAAGGGAACGAGAUUAAGAAUAACAAGAAUAUGAGGAUUAAAGAUUAAGAAAAACUGGUUAAUCUGACAUGUGAAGGAUUGAAAGUGAAAUCAAGGAUUAAAUGGUUAAACAUGGUAACCAAGUCAAUGGAUAAAAUGAAUAGAGGAUGAGAAAAGUUCAAAGAUAUUCAAUGGAUUAAGUGUCAUCAUGAUGGUGGAUAAAAAAGAUGAAGAAAAAAAGAGAGAAAAAAGUUUCCGAACUAAUAGUUGACCUUGGCUUGUGAGAAGGCGAAAUAAUUACUGAGAGAGGGAAUAAGAUGAUUCUGAUAAUGAAGAUAAACAUGAUGAUGAAGAUGGAAAAAGGAAAUAGUAGAUGAAAGAGAAGAUGAUGAAGAUAAUAAAUGAGAAAUACAAAUAAAGUGAAAAAUUCUGAUGCAACGCAGUCUCAACAUGAUGAACGAAUUGGGAACUUGCGUCAACGAUUCAGAAUAAAACACUCAAUUCAAGCUUAAACAUUUUCCUACUUGAGGUUUCUCCCGAUAUAUUUUUUAUCAUUCUGCUCACUUUAAUAGUCUCUCUCAUUCUCUCUCACUCUCCCAUGUUGUCUAUCAUGAGUCUGAAAUAAUUUUCAAAUAAUUUUUUCACUUGACAGAUAAUUGAAGUCAAUAGACUUUUAGUAAUGUAAGUGAAAGGCAACAAAUAAAAGUAGAAAACUUUGUCUAUGGUAGUUUUACAUUAAAAUCAAACGGAACAUCAAUUGUUCAUCAUCAUCAUCAAUUGGUUAUCCUUUCUUAUCACUUUCCAUCAUCAUCAUCAUCUCUUACCAUCAUUAACAUCAUGGAUCAACCAGUGUUUGAACAAUCAACAAAUCAUCAGUUGAUCAAUUUAACUAAUUCAGUUCCAAGUAACGAGACAUUAAUUAUUUCAUCACUUCAACUUGUUCAAAUUGAAAAGGAAGCUUGUUCAAAGCGUUACAGAAACACAAACUCAAAUAACGUUUGUCCAUUAACAUGGGAUGGAUUAAUGUGUUGGCCUGAAACACCAGCAGGAUCUCAGGCAAGAUUACCUUGUGCCUCUUACAUUAGUGUAUUUGAUAAAAAUGAAUUAGCAACUCGAGACUGUACUCUCAGUGGUACCUGGUUCAUUAAGGAAUCGACUAAUCAAAGUUGGACUGAUUAUACUCGAUGUCCUUUGAAAGUUUACCCAACAAGUGAUCAAAUUGAUGACCAUUUACAUCACAUUAAGUUAAUCAGUAAAAUUGGAUAUUCUGUCUCUCUGUUAACCCUUAUCAUUGCUUUUCUCAUCCUAUUUUGUAACAAGCGUCUUCAGUGUCCUCGAAAUCAUCUUCAUCUUCAAUUGUUUCUAUCGUUCAUAAGUCGAUCAUUAUUAACUCAUGUCAAAAACAUUUUCUUCACCUUGGAGGAUAACAGUACAUUAUCAUGUAAGCUGAUAAUUGUUAUUUGGCAAUACUCACUUCUAGCAAACUACAAUUGGCUAUUAAUGGAAGGACUUUAUCUACAUAAUCUAGUAUUUUUCAACAUUUUCAAUGACAAUUCAAGUAUCAUGAAGUACAUUGUUCUAGGAUGGAGUUUACCUGUAAUCUUCAUAAUACCCUGGAUAUUUGCUCGAUCAAUUUAUGAGGACACCAAUUGCUGGGUAAUUAAUGAAAAUAUCGCCUUAUUUUGGAUAAUCAGAGGACCAAUAACAAUAUCAAUAAUAUUAAAUCUAAUAUUUUUCAUCAAUAUCACUCGAGUUUUAUUUUUGAAAAUGUUCUCAUCCUCAUCUGUGGCUCAAGCAUCUCGAUGCUACAAGUAUAGUAAAUGGUUCAAAUCAACUUUAGUUCUGGUUCCAUUAUUUGGUGUUCAUUAUGCUCUCCUAUUAGUUGCUAAUUCGUUGGCAUCAAUAUCACAUACUAUUGAAAUCGUUUGGCUUUAUGUUGAUCAGCUGUUCACCUCUUUCCAGGGUUUCUUUGUGGCUCUUUUAUAUUGUUUUCUUAAUGGUGAAGUACAACAAGAGAUGAAGAAAUGGCUUCGCCAGGCAAGUCAACAAGAUCGUGGACUUCAGUCUUCUAACUCUAUGACUUACAACUCAAUCUUAACACAAUCUAUGUCUUACUUAAAUCGUGGCAGGAAUGACGGAUCAACAACAAUUUAUAACGAAAAUUGUUACAACAAUGGACUUCGAAAGGAAUCAAUGAGAACCUCAACCUUGAUUAUCAAUGAUAAACAGGAGAACUGUGAUUUGGCUCCACCGUCAGCUGAUCAUUUGACAUCAUCACCGCCGGAAUGAUGAACGAGGAAAAGGAUAAAGAAGAAGAAGACGAAAAGGACCUCAGGCUUAAUUCUGUCGAUGGAGACAAACAUAAAAAAGAAAAACACGAAAAAUAUUGUAAUUAAUUUACUUUGAAAGAUCAAAUGAUAAGAAAUCUUUGAUAUUCUAAUAAAUCCAAUGAAAGUUAUAAUCUUAAAAUACAAACAAAAUCACCACAAGAAGAAGGAAAAAAUAUUACAAAAUAACAUAUUUAAUAUGAAUAAGGAUAAAGUGAUGACUUGUUAAUAUAUUAAAUGCUGGUUAUAAUUAUUGUUAAGACAACUUGAUGAAAAAUAUCAUCUAAAU